AGGUUGGAGCUCGGCGGCUGCGCAGCGUUGGCUGGGAGCGCGGGCUGCGAAGAGGCGGACCGGGCCGAGAGGGGCGAGCGGGAACGCGGGCCGGGGAGGCGGCGGCGGCAACCGGGGCCUCGCGGCUCAGCCCCGCAUCGGAGCAGGCCUCCGCGGCGCGCGCCCCUCGCCGAGCCCGACCGCCGUGCCCGCCCCGGGCCGGCGAGCGCUGGUCACCGAGGCCCAGGCCGCCGCCGCGGCGCCUUCUUGAAAUCAUGAAUCCUGUUUAUAGCCCGGGUUCUUCUGGGGUUCCCUAUGCAAAUGCCAAAGGAAUUGGUUAUCCAGCUGGUUUCCCCAUGGGCUAUGCAGCAGCAGCUCCUGCCUAUUCCCCCAACAUGUACCCUGGAGCAAAUCCUACCUUCCAAACAGGUUACACUCCUGGCACACCUUACAAAGUGUCCUGUUCCCCCACCAGUGGGGCUGUGCCACCGUACUCCUCCUCCCCCAACCCCUACCAGACCGCUGUAUACCCCGUGCGAAGUGCCUACCCCCAGCAGAGCCCGUACGCACAGCAAGGCACGUACUACCCCCAGCCCCUGUAUGCAGCACCCCCUCACGUCAUCCACCACACCACAGUGGUGCAGCCCAACGGCAUGCCGGCGACGGUGUACCCUGCUGCCAUCCCUCCGCCUAGAGGCAACGGCGUCACCAUGGGCAUGGUGGCGGGGACCACUAUGGCCAUGUCAGCAGGUACCUUGCUGACUGCCCACUCCCCAACUCCUGUCGCCCCCCACCCCGUCACCGUGCCCACGUAUCGGGCCCCAGGAACGCCCACCUACAGCUAUGUGCCCCCCCAGUGGUGAUCACCCUGCAAACGUUUGCAGAUGGAGCUGUGCAGUCACAUCAUGGAGGUUCCACAGCCGGUGCUGCAGGCCUUGUGCCUCCAACCAGGACUUUCUUCUUAACGCUCUCGACACUUAGCUAAACACUACUACGGCCGGCCCAGCAGGUCCCAGCGCCCUCAGUCUCCAACUGACUCUGUGGGUUGGUCUUAAAGCAAAUCCUGUUUGGUGGGCUGCCAGGCAAUUUUUUAGCUAACUGUAAUGAUAAAAAGGGAGUGUUAAUCUGUUCUGAAUCAUAUCUAGUUGAAUGCAUGUUAAAAAAAAAAAACACAAAAACAAAGCUUGCUCAAUCUACCUGCAGUGACUGAUGCAGAACCAUCAUAUGCAAAAUCCAAAGGAAUGGAAAAGUAUUUUACAACUUGUAUCACUAAUGCACUGUUGUAAUGUAUGCAGAGUCUUAAAGUUAUAAGUGUUAAAGUGAAUUUCUUCAUAGAGCAUCUGAAAUCUCUUUGAUGAUUCUUCAGCCUUUUGGGGUUGACGUGGGUUGCCAGUUGGAAAUGUGGACUUCUAGUUUCCAGCCAUCUGUUCCUUUUGUGCAGACUGCACUGGGAGAGAGUUGCAGGGAUGGGGAGAGUGUGGGGGGGCCACCGCUGCUUGGGGUGCAGCCAGGUUAAUGGCUUUCUCUCCAUUUAGGCUUGUGGGGUCAGUGAGAUGUAGAUGUGCUUAGGGAUUACCAUGAAUCCAGUUAGGGACACAAGGUGGUUUAUGUAUCAGCAAAGCAAUUUUCUCUGCCAUCUAAAUUUUCAUUACAAAUCUCCUACAGAUAGAGAUGAUGCUUUCUGUAUGUUUAAUGGAAAAGUCCUAUGUAGAGCUAAAUUAUUUUCCUGGGAUGGAAGAUAUGUGAAAGAGAACCAGCCACACUUGGAGGAGGUAUUGGCCUCUCCUUUAUUUAGCUUAGAAAAAUCAUUCCUUUCUUCCCCCCGCCCCCGCCGGGGGAAAUGUUUGAGUCACCUGAAAACAUAUGUAGGCACUGUUGUUCUCCCUCCCACAAAGAAGGGCAAAGACUUCAUUCAGCUGUGUGUUAUGAAGAAAGUUGUAUAUUUAAGAACUUUUAAAAGGGAACAGAACUUUAUUGGAUAUUGGUUGUUCCUUGUAGAGAGGCAGGGCUGUGGCUGUGUUUCGGCCCACGCACUUGAUGGGGACUUGUCCUCUGAGACCAUGUGGAGGGGACUCGUGGAGAUGGCUGUGGGGAGGUGUGAGGGAAGGGCUGGCGCCUGUUGUCUGUGAGCCCCUUCGGCCAUCUCUUCUUGCGGCCGAGGACACUCGGCACAAAGCACGUGUGGACAGCAAAGGGCCAGGCAGCCUCAGAACGUGUUUGCCUGCCGGAACUUAUUACAGAGAGGAUUUUGUGUUUAAAAUCUGAAUAUUGUACAUAAGAAACCAAGAGGAUUUUUCUGCCUAAAUGUGCCCAACUUGUAUCGAUGUGUGUGUGUGUGUGUGUGUGUCUGUCCUCAGAUGAAGUCAGAGGGGGUGGGGGGUGAGGGCUGUUCCCUUUCAGCGGUCUGUCAGGGGCGGGGUGCCCCUGCUCCACCCCGUCGUCGUUUCAAGCGCUGUGGGCCUCAGGUGGGGAGGGCACCUUACUCUCCUUACGGCUCUGGCAGCUGGUCGGGGCUCCGGCACUGGGGUGGCAUUCAGCCCCGGAUGGUGAGUGGGAUACCUGACCCCUGAGCCUUUGGUAACCUUAUUUUUUAUAGUGAGUACUCUUCAUAAUUUCCUUUUUCACAUUUUAUUUUAUAAGAGUUUUAGGAAUAUUUUUGCAUGGAUCAUUGUAAACAGAAGAUUUAUUUCUAAUGUCUGUAACAUAGUGUGUUUACUGAUAAGUACUUUAAAUUGCUUAAAGAGCACUUAACCCACCUUUGUAUGUGUUUUCGUGUGUGUGUGUGUGUAUGUGUGUGUGAGUAGCAGCCAUUUACCCCAGGCACACUGUGUCCACUUCUUCAACUCUUUGUUGGUAAUUCCAUCUGUAUAGUGGACGGUUUGUAAUAUCAAUAUGUUCUAAUGGUUCCAGGGGCUGAACAGAGAAGUUGGUUUCCCCAGCCAGUUUAGCGUAAUAAGUUAGGAGAAAAUAAGAGUUUAGUAUAUGGUUUUUAAACGUCCCAAUGUGGGCACACACAGACACACACAUGCCACUACCUGUAAGGGUUGGACUCAUUUGAAUUCAGGAGGAAGUUAUGAGAAAUUAUAUGGGCUGUUUCUUCCAGCUUGCCUGAGACUUGGCAUACACAGGGUGAGUGUUUUCACGAGCACUGUGAAUUAAAUGGUGUUUUCAAGAGAAAGAAAAGAGUGGGUUUCGUUUUCUCCCCAUUUACAUCAGCUUUAUAAACACUUUCCCCCCUGUAAUUUCUAAAAAAAUCUUAUUUCCCUUUUGUGAAGUUGAGUUGGGAGACUUCAUCAAAUACUUUUGCAUUAUGGAAUACAUCUUUGUGGAAAUCUUUUCAAUUUUGAAACUAUCGGCAUCAGCUAUCAAAUAUGGAAGGUAGAUCUUGUCUAGCAGGUGAGAAUCUGGAUAUAAUGAAUAGUAACAAAACUAUCAUGUGUUGUAAUUUUAGCAGCAUUUAGUUCCAGUAAAAUUAACUAAGGAAUAGAGCUUCUGUUAUAAAGUUGCAUAAUUUGAUAUCCUAAGCACAAUAGUAGAACAUUCGGAGAAAUUUUGCAUUUUUUAUAUGUGACAUUCCUAAUUUGAGAGCCUUUCAGCUAAAUUACAGUUAUUGUAGAAGUUGAGACAGGCAAGUAAAGGAACUAAUUCCUAUAAACAUAGGUAUCAUCAUGGAUAUUUUUAAAAAAUUUUAUUCUACAGCCUUCCCCUAAGGUUUAGAAGGUAUGUUUCUCUGCUUAGGGAAAUCUUGUUUGGAUCUGGGCCGGGUGACUGAACGUUUCACGAUGAGUGAUGGUCCCAUCAUCUUGCUGCCUUUGAGAACGGAGGCCAGCAUCCGGGCCAGGGCCAUUCAUGGUGACAAGCACAGAAGCGCUUCCAGAAUCUUUUAUGUCUCUUGUGUUCAAUCUUUUCUCAACAUUCUUAUUGGUUUGGUUAUUAGGCCUACCAGUUGUAUUAUGUGACUCUGUUUCUUGAGUGCUAUGCAAAUGUAGUAUUUACAGGAGCCGAGUGUGGUCCUGAGCUGUGGGCUGGACACCUGGUCGGUACGCACCCUGCCCUUCCCAGGCUGGGCAUGCAGUGCCUCGCUCCAUCUGCUGGCAUCGGCACUUCAAACAAGAGGAAACAGAUUCUUGGGGCUUGGGAUGUACUAAUCUCUGGUAGUGCUGUCCUGCCAGCAGGUGGAGAAAGGAUGGCAGGCACCAGACGCAUCAGUAUUGGGGCCUACUUUUUAAGAAGGAAACCCAGACUUGUCCUUUGUAAACAUUUGGAAACAGUAUUACUCUGACCUUUUGGGCCACCUUCUCCCUAUCUGGCAGCUAACAGCUGGACACCCCAGUUCUUGCCAGCCUGGGCAUUGCCCCGACAGGACGCCUGCCUGACAUCCUCUGGCCGUGCAAGGGCAGGCUUAAGGGUGUGGGGCUUGAGGUGGGGUACAGCUUCUGGUUCUUCUCUUGGUGCUUUCUGAGGACGGGGUGUGUCUCUAGAGAGGAGUGGUUGGCGGAGGGAAGGGUGGACUGCGUGACUCUCCUCUCUAGCACAUUUCACAUGUUGGUGUGUUUUCUUCUGAGCUGUUUGUUGCUCAACCUGGGCUUUGUGAAAGGAGCCUGCUGAUCUUUUCAGGUAGAAAGUUGCAGAGUUUAUCUUACAUGUUUCAGAGGAGUUGUCUCUUUCCCCACCCUAUUCACUUGAAGAACAGAAAACCUCUGGGGUAAUCUUAUUUGAAUCCCCGGGAUCAAACGUCAAGUCACUUGGGACAGGGAGACGGAGGAGAGGCUGGCAUCUCCGUGCAGGGAGCCUGCAGUGAGCUUCGGGGGAUGCUGUGCUCCCAGGAUUGGUGUGUUGGAGAUGACAAGGGUCUUGUCUUGGCCUCCUGAGCCCUGUUGGAGUCUCCUGUAGGUCCUCGUGCAGACCAGUGGUCGGUAGACUAAUUGGGCUGGACCUGAGGCCAGCUCUCAUGUGUUCCUGGCGGAGUUACUGUGAUGGCCACUCAAGAGAGACCCCAGGGAGCCACUGUUACUGACAAGGAAAUUUUUUUUUUUUUUAAACGAUUUUGGAAUACGUUUUUUUUUUUUAGACCGUUCUCAUAGUACUUUUUUAAAACUUAAGUCAGCAUUGUCUUCCAGUGUUAAAGGCCCCCCUCACCUCUGCAUUGAACUUAAAGUGUCAAUCAGUACAAAGGAAUGGAACACCCAUCCUGAGCCAAUUCCAUUAUGUAUAAAUUCGUACUGUUUUAAUUUUUUAUGCAAUCUGAUGAGUAGAUGAGCUCAGAUUUAAAAUUCUUAAAAGCACGUUUAUUGUAACAAGAAUUGUUAUGUAUUAAUAC